AUGAAAAUCACAUCCCUUCCUUUCAUUGGGGUACUAUAUCUAGCAUGUUCUUGUGCUUUACCAGUCAUUCCAGAAAAAGAAAAAGAAGAUAUGCAAUUUGCUCAGAAAUAUCUGGAAAACUUCUAUGAUUUUAAAGAAGAGAAAAGUUCUCUUUUUAAAUCCAAGGACCUCAAUCCUAUGUCUAAAAAAAUCCAAGAAAUGCAGUCAUUCUUUGGACUCGAAGUGACUGGGCAACUGAAUUCUCAGACCCUGAACAUGAUGAAGCAGCCUAGAUGUGGAAUACCAGAUGUCCGUUCAUACAGCACUUUCCCUCUGAGUCCUAAGUGGAAUAAAGAAGAUGUGACAUAUCGGAUUUUAAACUACACCCCAGACAUGCUACAAGAGGAUGUAGAGGAAGCAAUUGCAAAAGCCUUUCAACUCUGGAGCAGCGUGACCCCUUUGAGAUUCAUCAGGCUCCACAGUGGUGAAGCAGAUAUAAAGAUCUCCUUUGCAUCUGGAUUUCAUGGUGACUUCUAUUCCUUUGAUGGCCCAGGAGGAACUCUGGCUCAUGCCUAUCACCCCGGCAAAGAUAUAGGAGGAGAUGCUCAUUUCGAUGAAGACGAAAACUGGACCAAAUUUACUACCUAUAGCGGAUUCAACUUGUUUCUUGUUGCUGCUCAUGAGUUAGGUCACUCACUGGGUCUUGGUCAUUCUAAUGUCUUUGGUGCCUUGAUGUAUCCUAUAUAUAUGGGCAAGGAUACAAGAGACUUUAGACUUCAUCAAGAUGACAUUGAUGGCAUUCAGUCCCUCUAUGGACCUCCCAGGGAAUCUCCAACAAAAGCACUUCCCUCACAAGAACCAACUGAAAAGACACCUACAGUAGCACCAUCAGAAAUGUCACCCCAUGAAGAACCAACAGAAACGACGCCCACCAAACCUCCUGCCAGACCAGAAGAUUGUGACCCUCACUUGACUUUUGAUGCUAUCACAACUCUUCGUGGUGAAAUACUGUUCUUUAAAGACAGCUAUGUCUGGCGCAAAAGUCCUUACUUCAGAGACAUUGAGCAUGACACUAUCUCCUCGUUCUGGCCAUCGCUAGCAGGUGGAUUUGAUGCUGCUUAUGAGGUUGACAAGAGGGAUCAAGUAAUGUUCUUUAAAGAUGACCAGUACUGGGCUGUCAAUGGCUACAAUAUACAGCCAGGUUUCCCCAAGCCUAUUCAGAGUCUGGGCUUCCCCAGAAACGUCAGGAAAAUUGAUGCAGCUGUCCAUGAUCAAAGUACCAAGAAAACCUACUUCUUUGUAGGCCACCGAUACUGGAGCUUCAAUGAAAACACUCAGUCAAUGGAAAGAGGAUAUCCAAGAAAAAUAGCAGCUGACUUCCAUGGAAUUUACCACACUGUUGAUGCUGCUCUUCAGAAAAAUGGACAUUUUUACUUUUUCCAUGGAGCAAAGCACUAUGAGGUUGAUGUCAAGACCAAGAAACUUAUCCGUACGAUGAAGAGCAACAGCUGGUUUGACUGUGAGAAAUACUAA